UCACGUGGUCCUCUACUCAUUACAUGUGAUUGGAUGAUUGACUAGUCUGUACAACUCACGUGUCCAACAGAUUAGAUAUAAAUGCCACUGAGUAGAACGACUUGUUACAGACGGAGAAUUGGUGCUUCUACAAUAGCAAAGUCUAAGAUAUCCACAAUGGCGAGGCUCCUGGUGGGUUUUGUUCUCAUUUUGUCUUCUGCAGCAGCGUCUGAGUGGAGAAAUAUCAGCGCUAUCUACGGGGAUGCGACAAUGCUGCUGGACGUGGCAUUCGGAGAUGGCAUCAUUGAACUGCAGUCCCACAAACCGGACAAUGCGCCUGCCUCUUUCCGAGAAACAACCAACCUCCACGUGUUUUCCAGGCAACUUGUUGCCAUGAGAAAUUCGGUUGACAAAGAAUGCUAUGUCAGACAUAUCAAAGAAACCUUUGAAGAGUUGAAAGUGAAAAUAGGAGGUAUUGAACAGCACAAUGCAACCGUAGGCCAGCUCGCUGAAGAUUGGAUUGACGUGAAGAAGGUUUGCCCCAUUGAGCCGUGGGCUGUGGAGGAGCUCCUUGGAGAUGAGAUCGACUGCUUCUGCCGCUUCCACGACGUCUACUUCGUCGGUCUCGUGCACACAGGCACCGUUGACCUCACAGCUCCAUCCAGGAGACGCAAACGUGCAGCGGCUUCUUGGCUAACUGUUGCAAGCACUUGCUGCUGUAGGUACUGUAACAAUAAUUAGCACUGGCAUGAAGACAAGUUCACUCACUAAUUCAUGAGUUACAAAAGUAUCCAAUGUCGGAUUUCAAUAAGGCCACUCGAUAACGCAAAAAGUAUGCAUUCUCUAAAUUUCAAUUGAUGUUGUCAUACGGAGGUAACUACAUAUAUUUACCACAAUGUUCCAAAAUAAACCAAUGUUUCAAACCAA